GGGCUCCGUGUGCCCCCCACUCGUGAUCGCGCUUGAGGGCGCCGGGAGCUUCUCCGCGGGGGCUCCCCCGCCCCGCGUCGCUUUGGGGGAGCCCCGGGAGGGGGGGCCGCUCUCUCAGGGCGGGAUGGAGCUGCGGUCUGAGCUGCCCAGCGUGCCCGCCGCGCCCCCCCCGGUGCCCCCCAGCUCGGUGGCGGCAGCGGCGGCCGCGGCGGCGGCCACGCUGCCCGUGAGCGUGGCCGGGAGCCUAUUGCGGGCGCCGCCGCUGCUGCUGCGGGCGGCCGAGAAGUACCCGCGGACGCCCAAGUGCGCCCGGUGCCGCAACCACGGUGUGGUGUCGGCGCUGAAGGGCCACAAGCGGUACUGCCGCUGGAAGGACUGCAUGUGCGCCAAGUGCACCCUCAUCGCCGAGCGCCAGCGCGUCAUGGCCGCGCAGGUGGCGCUGCGCCGGCAGCAGGCGCAGGAGGAGAACGAGGCCCGCGAGCUGCAGCUGCUGUACGGCACCGCCGAGGGGCUGGCGCUGGCGGCCGCCAACGGCAUCAUCCCGCCCCGGCCCGCGUACGAGGUCUUCGGCUCCGUCUGCGCCGGCGGCGGCGGCGAGGGAGGCGCCGGCGCCUCAGGUAAGGCCGCGCUGCGCGCCCUCGGAGGGGGAGUGGGAGAAGGGGCCGGGAGAGGCGAGUCCAAGAUGCAGAAGUUCGAGCUGUUCCCCAAGACGCUGCUGCCGAGCCGUGCCGUCACCCCGCAGCAGGCGGGCGGGAAGCCCCUCUCCCCGGACGGCGAGUCCGUGCCCGGCACCUCCUCCCCAGACGCUCGCCACGGCUCGGGCUCGGAGAACGGGGACGGCGAGUCCUUCCUGAGCUCACCCGUCUCCAAGGGCCCGAAGGAGGGGGAGGAGAGCCCGGGCUCCAUCAGCCCGCUGGGCUCGGACUCGGGCUCGGAGGCGGACAAGGACGAGCAGGACCCGUCGCCCUCGGCCGGCGGCCGGCAGCGGACUCCCAUCGACAUCCUGACGCGCGUCUUCCCGGCGCACAAGCGCAGCGUGCUGGAGCUGGUGCUGCAGGGCUGCGGCGGGGACGUGGUACAGGCCAUCGAGCAGAUCCUCAACAACCGCGGCCCGGAGAAGGGCCCCGAGGAGGGCUGGGCCCGGGACGGCGCCUUGCAGGGCCUGCCGCCCAGCCCCGCCGCCGCCCACCACCGGCCCUUGAUCGCGGGCGCCAUGGCCCCGGCCAUCGGCACGCUGGGCAGCCGCUCCGCCUUCUCCCCGCUGCAGCCCAACGCCACGCACUUCGGGGCCGAGGCCGGCGCCUACCCGCUGGGCACCCACCUGGGACUGAACCCCCUGCGCCUCGCCUACUCGGCGCACAGCCGGGGACUGGCCUUCAUGACCCCCUACUCCACGGCCGGGCUGAUGCCCACGCUGGGGUUCCGGCCGCCCGUGGACUACGCCUUCAGCGACCUGAUGCGGGACCGCUCGGCCGUGCACAAGGAGCAGGUGUACUCCGGAGGGCUCUACGGGCCCAUGGUCAACAACACCCCUGAGAAGCAAUAGCGGUUUCCAAAAGCUCCAAAAGCUCGUCUGUAGAGGUAGCUAGGUAGGCAUGGGUGGACGGACACGGGUGGUUUCUCUCCCCUCUCCCCCGUGCAGGCGGUGGUUGCGUGCAGAGCCCGGCGCGGACAGACGUAGGUGUUUUAAGGUGAUAAAGGUGCACUUUCAUUGUCCAGACAUGAGUCACUCUUUGUUGCUUAUGGCCAUAAGCAUGGAUAUCCUCGGUGCGUCGUGGGGUGUGCACACACACACGCACACACACACACACACACAUGCUCUUUCCCACACACAUACAUAUAUAUAUGUAUACUAGCAAGUGUAUAAUGUUAUAAAAUGGAAAUCUAAGUUAUUAAUGUAACUUGUAGGUGAACUUGGUAUUAACGUUAAGCUAAAGGUUAGACAGCGCAUUGUAAUACUUACCAGGCAUAUAGAUGAAACAUUGUCAAAUUGAAAACCUUUUCCUUCCUGCCCCCAGAAACCUUACGAUCUGUAUAUAACAUUGGAAAGUAGAUAUAUUUGUUACUGUCCGUAGGACCCUGGCGCCAAUGGUGUAUGACGGUUUAAUAAGCCUCCUUCAUUUGUGCUCUGCAAGAAAAUUGCUUUCUUGUUCCAAUGUAGCAACUUCUUGCUGUUUCUAACAGGUAAUUCUGUGUUUCCAUUUCAUAGAAAUAAAUGUUAUUUUCUAUUAAAAAAAAUCAGUCUUAUGAAUGGCAAGUGGUAUUUUAUCAGAUGAUGGAAGUGUGUUUUGGGAAAUUCAUUUGACAAGUACAGUCAAUAUUUAAAGGAGUUUAU